GAGGAGGGGGGGGGGGUACGUCCUGUUACUAUGGUGACACGCCAAACAUUAGCUCAGGCUAAUUACACCGUCUGAGUCGUGCGACAGAAAUUGGCAGUAAAACGGAACUCACCAGAGUAAUUACUCGACACGAUGUCCUUAUCCUUAUCGAAGAUUCAGAGCCUGAGAACAGUGGCUGCACUGGAAGACUGCGUUCACCAGUUGGACUUACUGGGACAUUCCCUGUCGGUGCAGAUCAGCAGGGAGCGAGGCUCCACAUCCACACAGGAAAAAGACAGGCUGGUGCAGCUCAAAGCAGAAUGUCAGUUCAUCGACCAUCACGUCACCAAGCUGUGCUGUGAGCUGGAGGACACCCAGAGUUUUGAGUCAAUUCCUCAGGCCAUGGAGGAGGAUGAGGCACAGAAAGCAGCCAGGAAGAAAAGAGAGGAUGAAAAAAAGCGGAAAGAGAGAGAACAGGCUCUGCUGAUACUACAGCAGGAAAUCGAGGACAAAAAGGAUCAAAUCCACAAAAUGUACCUCCUUUUGAAUGACCUGGAAGAAGAAACAUCCAAACUGCAGAAUAAAAAGAAGACAAAAACCACGGUCCUGUUCCCACAAAUAGUCAAAGAGACGUGGCAGAAGGCUCAACUUUUGGACCAGCUGGAGCUUAUGCAGAAGCAGAUGGAAGAAGAGGCGAGAUUUCACGAGGAGACCGUGACGUUCCUCCAGGUUCAGUACGAGGAGUUUCAACAGAGGCUGCACAAGUGGAAGCAGCAAACCAAGAAGAUGCAGCAGGAAAAGCAGAGCAAGCUGGAUAACCUGGGCUGCAAAAGAACUUUGAACAUAGACAAGCUGAUGGAGAUGAGGAGGAUGUUUAAGGAGAUGGAGCGGGUGGUGCUGCAGGACAAGAAGAACCAGGACUUGCAAAGCCAACUGGAGGAGAAAGCUGUAGCCGCCACAACGCUCCAGGCCUACUGGAGGGGCACCAUGGUCCGCAGAGGCCUCGGCCCCUACAAGAAGGUAGAGGAGAAGAAAGGCAAGAAGAAGAAAGGGAAGAAGAAGAAGUGACUUUUUUUCUUCCACCGCCAUGUUUGCAAGUUAAGCAAAAAAAUAUAUAAGAAAUUGGACAAAAAUAUGUAAACUAUACAUGUCUUUAUUGUAAAAAAAGUAGUAUUACAAAAUAUUACAAAUGUUUUUUAAAAUGAAUCAAACAAGCAAGUUGAUUAGAAGCGGAGUGUCACAAAUCAAACAAUACAAGCUAAAUUACAUUUUCCGUUUCGUACACUUACAAGGUUUUCCCUGAGGGAAAAAUGAGUCGGAAAUGUCAAUAAAUAAAAUAUAUAUAUGUUAAAAAAUACUUUGAGCAAUAAAUAGCACUGGCAAGUUUACUCUUAA